GCAGAAAAUAAAUAAAUAAAUCUCCAUGCGCUCGCUCGUCCUAUUUUCAAUUUCGGAGCGGCCUAAAUAGUCCGGGAAUCUAGCGAAAAGCUGUUAACUGUACACGCCUGCCGAAUUGCCCACAACCUGCAGGCUCAGUGGAUCAAGCCUUAAAGGCGACGAGCGUAAAAGUGACUUUCAGUGAGGCACUACCCUGUGGCAUAAAUUACUAAGAAAAUCAAACGAUAGUGCUAGGUCCCGAAUCCGAGUCGUGGUCGUGUGCAUCGGUGAAUAAAUCGUUUGCUGUAGCGAUGCCAAGCCAAUCAAACAAACGUUAGCAUUUGGCCCAAGGUCUUCGCGCAGCAACUUCGGAGGUGCUAAGCAACCAAACUGUUAUAGCAGUGAUCGCGUUGAUCUGAUCGUCGACUUGCUGAAUAACUAGCCAUUUCUUUAAAUCUAUUCAACUUUUAAAUGUACAGAGCAUACAAUUUGUUUAGGGUGACCUGUCUUAAGACUUUAAAACAAUAUUCAACGACUAGCCACAAAGGAAUGGAAACGCAUUCGUCUAAUAAUAUUGUAUGGAUAGAUUUAGAAAUGACUGGUUUGGAUGUAGAAAGGGAUAGGAUUCUUGAAAUAGCGUGUAUUAUUACCGACAGUGAGCUAAACAUUACAGCUAAGGGACCAAAUCUUAUUCUUCAUGAACCAGAUAGCGUAUUGGAAGGUAUGAAUGAAUGGUGCAAAACACAUCACCAGCAAACAGGCUUGGUUGAGGCAGUUAAGGAAUCGAGAAUCACCUUACAGCAAGCAGAAAAGGAAGUAUUAGACUUCAUUAAACGAUACUGUCCUGCCAAAACUUGUCCAAUGGCCGGCAAUAGCAUAUAUAUGGACAGAUUGUUCAUCUCCAAGUAUAUGCCUACGAUGAACGAAUAUCUGCAUUAUCGUGUUAUAGAUGUUAGUACCAUUAAGGAACUGUGCAAACGAUGGAAUAAUGUCGCUUACUCAUGCACCCCUCGAAAACGAUUAGUUCAUCGUGCUCUAGACGAUAUCUUAGAAAGUAUAACUGAGCUUACAUAUUACAAAAAGAAUUUCUUUCACACUGCUACACUUAAAUGAUUUUAUUUUGGUUAGCCAUGCAACAAAGCAAUGAGCAAAUAAAAAUAAAAAAAGCGUAAUUUGUACCAUACAGCCAGAAAAAGGAAUAUUUAUUUGUUUGCCAGGGUAUUCAUUGUAUUGGCUUCAUCGGGAAUAGAUUU